AUGAUUCUUAAAAUUGAUAUAUCUGUCUCUCUCCUGUUGAUGCUGACUGUCAAUCUAGUGAACGCCGAUUAUUGGCGAACUACUAAUUUUAUUAUACCAAUUACGAAGCAGUUUGUAGCAAAAUUUAGAGUAGAUAGCCGUCUACGCUGUUUUGAGCAAUGUUCAACGCACUUCUCGUCGUUAUUGGUAAACAUACAAGAUGGCGACUGUUUCUGUUUGACGUCACAUCCGGAUUCAAAUUGGACUGGAGGGGAAGUAACUCUGAUAUCAUUUAUGUCAAGACGAUCAGAACAGUCGGACUGUAUAUCGAAGGGAUAUACCAUUUAUCAUGCUUUGGGUGUUUGUAUUAAAUAUAUCGCCUCCCGUAAGACGUGGCAAGAAGCCAAAAGACACUGCAAUCAAGAUGGCGGAUAUCUAAUAAAUUUAAACACACUUGAGAAAUAUACAGCUAGCUUAAAUAUUAUGAUUUCGGAAUUCCAAAAACCACCAGACUGUAUAUCGAAGGAGUAUACAAUUUAUCCCGAAUUGGGAAAUUGUAUAAGAUAUAUUAACACCAGGAAGACGUGGCUAGAUGCUGAAAGACAUUGCAACCAAGAUGGUGGUUACUUAAUAAAUGUGGAUACAGAGGCCAAAUUUAACGUCAGUAUAGAUAUUGCUUUGACGACAAACCAAUGGCACAUUUAUGUUGGAGGAUUCACAACAUUUUGGGACGCCGAAAAUACAGAAUAUUAUUGGACACGGGGAAGUGUGUUAGACAGAUUCUGGGCUUCAGAUAGCAAUGAUAUGGGAGGUAACUCGGAUGUUAUGUUGAAACAAACACAAUACAACCUGCCGAAUGGUCUUUACCAUCAACAACCUGUAGCUUAG